AUGUUCCGUUCUCAGUUACGAUCUUUUCCAUUCCCAUCAUACGGCGAGUGGGCACAGGCGGUGAAGCACAACACAUUGGUGCUGACCCGACGUUCACGGCGCAUGGUGGUGGGGGAUGCGCAGGUCCCGGUAUGGGCGGAAUACGACGCUGCUCUGGGCAGCGUCGUGAUGGAUGGGAUCGCACGGGUGAUGCAGCGAGUGGGGAUCGCUGCGUCAGGCGUGCAGGUGAUGGCUCGAUGGCACGAGUGGGUGCAAGGGGGCCUAACCGGGCAUGGGAUUUCUGGGGUGCACACCGCUCUGGUGAUACCCCCCCAUGACCGCCUCUUGAGCCGCGGGCCAGGGCACAUGGUGAAGGCAGCGCCGGGUGAAGGGAAGUUCAGCUACGUGUCGAUUGAUGGGGGGGAAGGCGACUGGUAUGCACGGUGCCUCGUGUUCUUCCAUUUCAUGGACGACGAGGCCCAGAUUCACAGGCGCGCCGUGGUGCGGUACUUCGACGAGCAUCCCACUCCAUGCCCCGUGACGGGAUGCGUGAGGCUCUUGCCAACGGAGGGAGAGGAUGAGUAUGCCGUUGUCGAGGUGGAGAGCAUUCUGUCCCUUGCCCACAUUGUCCCGUGUUUCACAGAGGCCCGGUUCUCUUUGGUGAAUCGGUUCCUGUUUGAUGAGUGA